AUAUUACGAUACGUGUACGAGCGCGAUUCGUCGAAAUUUGUCUGCUGCUGUUUGUUGGUCGUUAAAAUACUUCUCUUCUUGCCUAGUAUAGUACUCUUUUUUAUUUCAUUCUUAACUUAAGCUGCAAGCUGUCUGAUAUCAGAGUAGACAGCUGUUUCACUGACAAGGUUUUGACGGCCAAAUCCAAAGCUGAAUGUAAAGAUUUGCUACUUAUUAGUUAAACUAACUUUGCAGCACCUACAUUUUCGACGUCUCACCGGCGUGCUGACUAAAGUGGACCCCGAACCUCUGGCGUGAGUUUGCAACAAUCUGUGUUACCUGCAUUGUCACUGCUGCGAUUACACAAAUUGACAAGUCACAAAGUCAAAGACAAAGAUGAAGGCGAAUCGUUUAAUUUGUUCCACAAUUUUACUUUCAUUCUGUUUGAUGAGUGCACACGUCGUUUAUGCACAAGAAGAAGAAGGAACCUUACCACUGAAAAGAGGGCCGAGAAAAGGAUUUGAAAGAGAGGAAGAAGAAGAGUUUGGGGAUGACUUUACAGAUGAAGAAGAAGAAGAGGAGGAGGAGGAAGAAGCUCCUCCCAGACCACCUGGUGAGAGUCUUGGAACCAUUAAUUUUUCAACUCCUGAUCUAGAUGAUGAGGAUCAUCAUUCACCUCAUCUACCUUCGUCAUUGAAAUGCGAUGCCUGUCAUAUUCUCACUCAUAUGAUGACAGAACGCUUGGACAAAGCAAAUGAGAAAAGACCAUCUUUAAAGAAGAAACUACCGGAAUCUGAAAUCAUUGAUAUCUUUGAAGAGCUGUGCUCCGAUGAGUUUCACAAUGUUGGAGUGAAGGAAAUCAAUGGUAAGAAGCGUCUGUCUGGACCUGGAUCUAAGAUUCAAGAUACACCAGGUAUCAUGCAAGGAGGAGGCAAAUGGCCUUUCAGAAUGUUGCAGAUGUGUCAGUCUUAUCUUGGCGACUAUGAGGAGGAGGAGCUUUAUGGAUUCUACCUUAAAGGAAAGCUUGAUAAGAGACUAUGCUACGGACCAGAUGGAGUCUGCACCAAGAAGAAGGAUGAAGGAAAGAAGAAGGGCAAAGGCAAAGACAAGAAGAUGAAGAAGAAGAAGUCUGAAUUAUAGUGCCUCAACCAUAUCAAGAAGUAAUUUAUUUUCAAUUUUUUGAAGCGCAAUUCAUGGUGCCUGUAGGUAACACUUCCCUUAUCUCCAAGCAAUCCUGAGGGGAAAUAGGCAAAGGGAUAAGGGAAUUUUUUCAAGAAAAUAGUUAAGUCAGAGCUGAAAUCUCUCUUGUCACUAUGGACAUGUUUGACACAAAUUUAAAGUCAAAGUCACACUCUAAAUUUUCCUUUGGUGGUGCGUAUGACACAUUAUGUUUGUCUUACAAAGAGCUUUGGUGUGGUGUGUGACACAUUAUAAACCUGUAUUUAAGAGUGUCGAAUAACCUGUUCCGCUGAUUGGUCAAAAUUUCUAGGUUCUAGGUCUGCUUCAAUUGCCCGUUCAAUACCAGAGCAUAUCCCUAGAAGAAUAGCCCAUAUAGGCUCCCGUACAAAACUUGCCAUUGAAUAUAUGAGACUGUAUUCAACAGUCUAGUGGGCAUGCGCGAAUGCGUGAAAUAUGCAACACGUACAAUAAUGAAAGCAAUGUGAUACGCAGCACUGGCAUAGAGCGCAAUGACGUACUAAUGAAAUACAUGCGAGUCGCAUGUCAACGACCAAAUUUGAUCUUAUGAAGUGAUGAUGCUGUAUGAAGUAAGUGAUGACAUGACUCGUUCAAACAAAUUUCUCCCUCUUUUUUUUUGGGGGGGGGGGAUGGGAUAGGUGAUAGUUAUUGUAUUGGAUGGCUUUAUUUCAUGGAACACCAGAAAUAUUUUACUCGUUAGGCCAAUAUUCCACUCAUCUACGAUUCGUGGAAUAUUUGCCCAAAACUCUUGGAAUAUUUCUGGUAUUCUAUUUCGAGCCAUACAAUACAAUAGAGUACCAAAGUGAUGACGUCACAAACAACUUUUUUAGCAUUUCAGCGUUUUUGAUACCAUAUUUUGGUAGGGCGUGAUGAAAAACCCCUACUACCAAAAUUUGUGGGCCUUAGAUACAUGACCUCCUGAAUACAUAAUUAGCCCCCAUUGAAGUCAGUGUAUUUUUGGCCUGGUUCUAAAUGUUAGGAACCAGGCCGAUAAUACAUUGACCCCAAUCGGGGCUAAUUAUGUAUUCUUGAGGUCAUAUCUUGGGGCCCCAUGGACCGUUUCCCAUAAAAUGUGUGUAUAUCUUUCACAAAUUUUGUAUUCCAUUAGGGUUUCGUUACAUGAUUUUAAUAGUUUUAUGAGAAGAAUAUUCUUUUCAUUUCAUGUGUAGAUCCAUGCAGGAAACUGAGGCAUGGAAAGAUGUAUUCAGAAUGGUUUUAAUUGAUUCAGAUAUCUGAGGAUUUCUUCUAGUCUCAUGUCAGAUGUGUGUAUGCUUUGAUUUUCAUUCUAAAUCAAUAGAUACCUGAGAAAUUACGGCAUUUCAUAAUUCACUGGUGUCAAAUAGAGUGUAACUGACAUGAAUUUAUUUAAAAUGUAAAAGUUAAUCCUGUGGAAGAAAACUACAUGUAAUUUACAGCAUGACCGAACUGUGUUAAAUUUCAAAGCAUUGCUGAACUGAUCAAAUGAUUGUAUUUUUCUUCUAAGCAAAGCAGGAUCUUCUUUAUUUCCUAUUUCAAAAAAAAGUUGAUAGCAAUGACACAUAGCUAUUGGCGGGGAUUUUUCAUAGAGCUUAUUAUAUUUCAGUUGAUUGAUAUUUAUUGUUGCAUGGAGGGCUGUUCAUCAACAUUUCUCGUCAGAUAUUCACAACUGACAAUUUUCAAUUUCUAGACUGAAUAGCAGCAUUCGACCAAUAGCAAACAUGUGGCGAGUAGCUGUGGUCAGAUCAUGAUUGAGCUGCAUCUCAAAUUUAUCAAAUAGAAGUCAAACUGUACUAUAAUAUUCUGUAGUGUUAUUUGUGUUAUUUUCAAUCAAAGUUUUUUUUCUGGAAUAGAAUUUCAAUUUGAUUUUGAAAUGGUUAGUGGUUAGUCCUCGCCUACCAAAAAUUAUCAAUUUUAGUAGCUCAUCUCACACUUCAUCUGAAUGUCAUAGGUGCUAUACGAAAUAUAUUUUUUGUCAUUCUUAAUCUAUCUACUUGUAUUUCUAUAGUUUUAGAAAAAAAAUCAUGUUCUGUAAUCAGUACUAUAUGAAGGUUUUUUGUGCUGUCCUUUUCCGGUGUCAAAUGAUAGUUGCUUUCAUGAAUUUAGACAUUUUUUUACAUUCCAUCUUGAUUGUGUUGAUUGUGAAAUAUUUUGAUAGUUAGCAAUACAUUCAUGUAGUUUGAUUUGAAGUUUGAACUUUUUUAUUAAUCUUUUUUUUUCAGAUUUAAAAUAUUUUGUGAAUUCUUAUAAUGUAUUUUUACCUAGAAUAGAUUGUGGUCACAUUUUUUAGUUGGACUGCUGGAUUGCUCACUGCAUCUUAAAUAAGAAACUUUGCCAUGUAAUGAUUGAUAUAGAUACGUGUAUGUGUACCUUGUCUAUAUGUGUCAUAAAUCUAUUAUCCUGCUGCUUUCUAAUAAUAAUACUAAUAAAAAUACAUGAGACUUAGGGUGUGUUUAUGCUUCCAUUGCGAGGACAGAAUCAGCGUUUUCAAACGUCGAUUCAAAACGCCGAUCGUAAACGUGGUUCUGGGAGUGCUGUUUAUGCUUAAAUUUUCAGAGGCAAAAUCACGAUUUCCAGCUGGCUUCGCAUUGUAAUUUUCGUUGAGCAGGAAAGCGAGGUCAAAUUGGGCGCGCCCUUUUUCAAAAGUUUUUUUUCCGAGUGUUGUUAUGGGGAAGGUACGUCAACUGUUUUAUAAACAUUGAACAAUUUACGAUAUUUUAGUCAUUGCAUGGAGCUUCUUGAUAUAGCCAUAUAAUUUCCACCAUGGUGAGGAAAAUAGUAAGAAAAAAUAAAGAAUUUAAGUGUAGAAAAUAAUAAAAUAUCUAUUUGUUUAUGCUACUGGGGCAUCUGGCGAUGUCUCCUCAUUAUAACUCAUAUGUUCCAGGGGGUUUUUGGGGUGUAAAUCCCUCAACGUUCAUCAUGAUGACAAACUUGGAAGAGUAAAUGCUAGCAAUAGUACUACACAUGCAAAACAAGGGAGAUGAGAGGUAAUUCCAUGGGGGUAACAUGCGACCAUGGAGCAAUGCGACUGUAUUUGCCCGCGGAUUUUCAUCUCACCGGAAGCAUUACCAAAUGACGUCAUUUAAACACGUUUACGAUCGUGGUUCUGUUUAUACUUCCUCAGAAAGCCUGAUUCUGGUCAAACGACGUUUACAAACGCACCUUUUUGUGAGUUUACGAUCGGCGUUUUGAAACAGCGUUUAAAUGAAAGUAAGCAUGGACGCAACCGUGUUUUGGACUAAUCACGUUUGGAAACGCUGAUUCUGGCCUGAAAAGUGGAAGCAUAAACACGGCCUUAUAUAGCGCACUUUUCAUCUUGAUUAGAUGAUCAAGGCCCUUCAGAGCAAAACAACAACAAAAACAAAUUACAUACAUGUUUGAACAAUAAGUCGAUAUCUGUCAAAAAGCACUCUUGUUUUCAGCUUGCCCCUGAAGGUGUCACUUCCUACUCAGCAUGGGAAAAUACAUGUUAUUUGAAGUCAAAUUUAAUUACAAUUUUACUUUCAGCUGUUUAAGUAAAUGUAUUUUAUUUAUUAGGAAAUGAGGAUGAUCGAUUCUCAGUAAUUGUUUAUUUUUUAGCUAUUCAAGAGUAUGAUAUUUUUCUAUAUUCACCAUUACAUCAUGAUUUCAAAUUAUGCAGCAUUAUUCUAGAUUCAGAAUCUUUUUACCACUUUGGUGUUGUUGGAACAAUGGCAAUAUUUUGAACCACUUUUUUGUGUAUAUAUUAGGAUUGUGUUAUGUAAUUUGUAUCUGAUUAAUAUGAGCACCAAAGAUUUAUUUUUCAGGUGCAAAUGUCAGAAUGCAUGAACAUCAGAUUCUGAUUAAUUAAAUGAAGGUACUGGUGUAAUUUGGGUUUGUAAAACUAUUUCAAAACUCCUUUCCAAGCCUCUCUCUCUUUCUGUCUGUCUGUCUGUCUUUCUUUCUGUCUGUCUGUCUGUCUUUCUUCAUUUCUUUCUUUCUCUCUCUCGCUCACUCUUUUUCUUCCCUCCUUCCUUUUAUGCAGAUGUUCUAAAUAUGAACUCAAUCUGAUUAAGUUACAGUUUAUGAAUGAUGAGUUUGAUCAAUUGGACUUAUGUCUGUUUCUAAUCUAUCAUGAAAAUGUAGCUUAGAUAUGUUGAAUGAUACAAGCUCUUGCUGUGUUAUACAUUCUUCAGUUUGUUUUUUAACCACUAAUUUGCAGUGAUUACAAAUGUAAAAGUAAACACAUAAAAGAAAAGUGAAAACUAAUAUUGAAGAAAAGUUCACCCUGAUGUUUAUUUGGUUUUCAUGAAAGCAGAAAAAAAGAAGAAUACUGCAGCUUGUAGAUUUUAAAAGAUUUGGUUUUUGUGAUGUCAUAAGUGAGCUGCUCCCCCUAUGAUAGAUACCAUGAAAAUUGAAUUUUCUCAGAAAACUAAAAUAAUGUUUUACCCGUGCAUUCAACAUAUCACUUUUCCGAGACAAAUAUAUAAUUGUCAGUAAUCUUGCACUUUGAAAAAAAGAGAAAAUUUAUGGAUAUAGGGUAGCUGCUUGCAUAAAUUACAUUGAGAAUAUAAUUUUCUUAUCCUGUAUUUCUAUAUUAUGAUUAUCCUUGAAUAAAUUUUACACAAAUUCAUGUAUUUCAUUGUGAAAUAAAAAUCAAGAUUAGAA